UUCAAAGGCAAGUGGUGGGUGGAUAGCUUCAACCAAGCCAUCUACGGCGACGCAGAUCGCUGCGCUCAUUUCACGAUUCAGAAAGACCACGACAACGUCUACAAAAUCAAGGCCGAAUACAUCGACACUGACAACGAGCUUGUAGAAAUGAGCGUCGAUGUCAAUGAAGAUGACCGGCACCCCUCAAGGUUCAUGCUGAAGAUCAGCGAUGACGUCAUCAUGGAGACUGCCAUUAUCGACACGGACUACGACAACUGGGCUGUUGUCUGGGCUAAAAGUGGGACUGCGGCUGCAUACCACGUCGUGACCCGAAAACCGAACGCCGAAGACCAAUUCCUUCCUGCGAUUCAAGCUGCACUGGACAAGGAAGGCUUGAAGAAAGAUGAUUUCAAGAAAGUGCCGAACAUGGACUGCUCUAAAAAGGAUACAAUAUAAUCGAUGAAGAGUAAAUCAAUA